UUCCCGGGUGAUUUCCCUGGCUUAAUUAAAAGCCUCUAGCGCUAUAAAUACAGUAUACGUAGUUCAAUAUAUUAUAUAUCUACAGCAGAGUUCGAGUAUCUACAGUGUGUACGUGUGAAGCGCUGACUCUGAAACUAUACUGGUCUAUUUAACAUCAUUCAACAAGGAAAUGUCUUGCUCCAAGAUGAGAAAAUUUGCUCAUGCUGAUGAGCACAAAUACAGUGAUGGCGUGUCUUUCCUAUUCAAGUUCUCCAUGGGAGCAAAUUUGGCACUGAGUGCUGUCGACAUCAAAAAUGGAAUCCCAAAACUUCAUUUCAAACCUGCCCAAAAUGUACCUGUGCUGACCGAAGAAGAUGUGGCGUUAUUGUCAAACUUUGCUUAGAAAACAAACGGCCUGGAUUCUUCUACGAAGGAUUUCACCCAUUUCAUCCAUUCUCAAAAAUGGGUCGACUAUUUAAAGGCUACAGUCCCAGGUGGCUGCGAGGUACUUCUGUGGGGGAGCUGCUAGCUGAAGCCGAUUGGUCAAUGAAAUGCCUUCACGUGGGUGUGAAAAGUGACAAGGAAAAGAAAAACUUCUCGGCAUGGAACGAAACUAGCAAUCUGAGAGGACUGAGAACUCGAGAGGAUUUUCCUGAAGAUUUUCCUGGUGCUACAAUUAUUAUGCGUUGCGAGUCGGUUGAUGUUGACAAGCGAAAUGAUGAGCUUUACUUUGUGACCGAGCCCAAGAUGCGGAUUGACUGCAAGUGGGAGGAAUGCAAUUUGGAUUACUCGAAGUACAUCACUGAGAUUUUCGAUAGUGUGGCCUACCACGAUGAGCCAAAGUUUCUGAAAAUGAAAGAAAUCAUCAAGCUUGUUCUUGCGGUAGAAUGGCUGAAAGAGAAACUAGAUGAGAAAAACAUGAAGUUCAGCCAAGUUUGGAUUGAUGAGCACCUUCAGAAGCGAAAGCAACACCCAAUCCAACGAAUCCAAGUGACUGUUCCUCCCCAAGAGGCCCAGCGCUUUAUGAACGAAAUCGUGGAAACCAAGAUGGAUAAACAGCUUGCUCUGCCUAAUUCGUCUGGAUUGAGCAAGAAAACAUCAAAGACAGGCUUUGAAGUUGGAACCACAGCUAAUGUACUCGGCUAUAACAUUCCAAUUGCAUGCAGAGCAUCAUUCAACGACUACGAUUACCUGUUUGAAGGCCAAGAUCCAAACCAGCUAACUGAUGUACUUGUGGAGGAAGAAACUGGAAAGCUAUUACUUCUUAGGCCCAAUGUUAAAUCUUGGAAUGAGUUGUACAGUCAGACGGUUCCCCAACCAUGUACUGUUUCCUACACUGCUUUUGGUCCCAUAGGCCCCGCUAUAACUGGAGGUGUCUCCACAAGCAGCUUUAAAGUGAAUCAAGUAAGACGUGAGCACACCACUCAAACGAGAGAAGUUGUAGUACCAGCUGGACAGAGAGUAAAGAAAAGCUAUGCGAAUACUCCCAAGCCGAAAGCAACCUUUGCUCCACCUUCUGAUGUAAGUGUUACUACGCCAAACUCUAAGUUCCGGAAUGGUAUGCGAAAAGCAGCUGGUAUGAAAAGUGCAGCAGGGAUUAUUGAUAGUGCAUCCCACUCAAUCUCGACUGAAGAUGGAGGACAAAUAUUGGCUGAGAGGAAGGAAGUUGAAACACAUAUCUCAGUAGGGGUAGGACCUCCAUUCAUGGACCUCUCUCUGCCCCCUAAAGGGGAACCAUCAGACGGUCGUGAUAGUGGACGCUCAAGCUUUGUAAGUACCCCUAUGUCUGAAUCUCGUGAAUCAUCGAUUGCUGCAACAGACAAAGAUGAUUCUUCCUCUGUAUUUUCUGAUAGCGGUGUUAGCACUGCUACAAACGAUACUUUAUGUAGCCACGAUAGCGACACCACACUAGGUGAUGAUAUGGAUAUGCAAGAAAGUUAACUAUAAUUAUUAUCCGAUCUGAUCAACCCCAUUAUUUUAUGCUUCAAUUAUUAUGCUUCAAUAUAAUUUAUUAUUGUGUUUAUGAUUUGUUG